AUGGAAGCCGUGCCGUCCAGAUGCCUGUUUCUGUUAUUACUCUCCACAUGCAAACUGUCUCCGGAAGCUGCUGCAGAAGUUCAGGCACCAUCAGAUGGUCCCGGCACCCAGGAACCUGUGCGGCUCACAGAUGUCCAAGCUGCCAUGGAAUUCAUCGCUGCUGCUGAGGUGGCUGUCAUAGGCUUCUUCCAGGAUUUAGAAGUACCGGCAGUGUCCCUAAUCCACAGUGUGGUGCAAAAUUUCCAAGACGUGUCUUUUGGGAUCAGCACUGCCUCCGAGGUUCUGGCUCACUACAACAUCACUGGGAAUACCAUUUCCCUCUUCCGUCUGGUGGAUAACAAACAACUGGAUUUAAAGGGUGAAGACAUUGAAAGCAUGGAUGCCACCAAGUUAAGCCGUUUCAUUGAGAGUAACAACCUCCACUUGGUUACAGAGUACAACGCUAUAACUGCAAUUGGGCUAUUCAAUAGUAUGAUUCCAAUUCAUCUUCUACUGAUUAUGAACAAGGCCUCCUCAGAGUUUGAAGAAAACUUGCACAGAUUUCAGGAGGCAGCUAAGCUCUUCCAGGGGAGGAUUCUUUUUAUUCUGGUGGACAGUGGAGUGAAGCAAAAUGAAAAGGCGAUAUCAUUUUUCAAACUAAAGAUGUCUGAACUGCCUGCUUUAGCAAUUUACCAGACUCUGGAUGAUAAGUGGGAUACAUUACCUAUAACAGAAGUCUUAAUAGAGCAAGUGCAAAAUUUUUGUGAUGGAUUCCUGAAAGGGAAGGGAUUGAGAGAAAAUCAUGAAUCAGAAGAGAAGAUGUCAAAGGUGGAACUCUGA